UGCUGGUUGGAGACGGGCGGCUGUGAUGCGCGUCAAGCAGUGGUGACUGUGGACUGUGGAGGAAAAGUGUGCACUGCAUAGGCUGAAGACUUCUCCAACAUAUUUAAUAAAUACAAAGAGAAAGCAUGCGAGCGCUUUUAGGUGUGUUGGCAUGUUCUUUGACUGUACUCUCAGUACAUGGUCUGUACUCUGCCAGUGAUGAUGUGAUUGAACUCAACACAUCCAAUUUUAACAGGGAGGUCUUGCAGAGCGACAGCCUUUGGCUUAUUGAGUUUUAUGCCCCCUGGUGUGGCCACUGCAAGAACUUGGCACCUGAGUGGAAGAAGGCAGCCACUGCUUUAAAAGGCAUCGUGAAGGUGGGUGCUGUAGACUCAGACCAGCACAACUCUCUAGGGGGUCAGUAUGGCGUCCGAGGCUUCCCAACUAUUAAGGUCUUCGGAGCCAACAAACAGAAACCUGAGGAAUACCAAGGUGGGCGUAGCAGUCAGGCCAUUGUAGAUGCAGCUCUGAAUUCUCUCCGUGCCUUAGUUAAAGACAGACUUGGUGGGAAGACAGGUGGCUCAGACCACGGCAGACAGAGUGAAGGAGGAGCUGGCAAUAAGAAGGAUGUGGUGGAGUUGACUGAUGAUAACUUUGACCGCACUGUGCUGGACAGUGAUGAUGUGUGGUUGGUGGAGUUCUUUGCUCCCUGGUGUGGACACUGUAAAAAUCUUGAGCCUGAGUGGACAGCAGCUGCCACAGAAGUCAAAGAGCAGACCAAGGGUAAGGUCAAACUGGGUGCUGUGGAUGCUACUGUUCACCAGGGCUUGGCAAGCCGCUAUGGGAUUCGAGGAUUUCCCACCAUCAAGGUCUUUCGGAAAGGGGAGGAGCCAGAGGACUUUCAGGGAGGACGUACCCGAUCUGACAUUGUCGCUCGUGCUAUGGACCUUUACUCUGACAACAUCCCUGCUCCAGAGCUUCAGGAGAUUCUUAAUGAAGAUGUGUUGAAGAAGACUUGUGAUGAUUACCAGCUGUGUAUUAUAUCUGUGGUGCCACACAUUCUAGACACAGGUGCAUCUGGAAGAAAUGGUUACCUGGAGGUUAUGAAGAAAAUGGCUGAGAAAAACAAGAAGAAGAUGUGGGGUUGGUUGUGGGCAGAAGCGGGGGCACAGAUGGAGCUGGAGGCCUCUCUUGGGAUUGGAGGAUUUGGCUAUCCUGCAAUGGCAGCCAUUAAUGCUCGCAAGAUGAAGUUCGCUCUGCUCAGAGGUUCAUUCAGUGAGACAGGCAUCCAUGAAUUCCUCAGGGAACUUUCUGUUGGCCGUGGUUCAACUGCUACAGUAGGAGGUGGGGCUUUGCCAAAGAUCAACACUGUAGAGCCGUGGGAUGGCAAAGAUGGAGAGCUGCCUGUGGAGGAUGACAUUGACCUGAGUGAUGUGGAUUUCGAUGAUGAUGUGGGCAAGGAUGAGUUAUGAGCUCUUUAUUCUGAAAGGCCUGGUUUAAACUGCUCUAGACCCAAAUAAUGCCCAUGUCUUCUCUCCCAUGGAUGAGGGGAUGAUUGGGACACAAAAAUCAAUAGGACUCCAGAAACGAUACAAAUAAAACAAACUGUUGUGCAGCUUUUUUAAAAACAUCUCUCCAUAAAAAUUAGGCUUUGUUCAUAUCUACAUUAUGGUUGUGUUGCUCUAAGCCUCACACACCUUAUAUUGGACAGAUUAAAUGUGAUGUUACUGGCAGUAUACUGUUUUCCAAAGUCACCCCAUUCUGUUAACAAUAUCUUUUCAAUCUUAAUGGAUAACUUCUAUUAUUUCAGUAUCUUUCCGAAAAGAAAUCUCAUUGAAUGUAAGUUGCAAGAUGCCUAAAGCUGUUCUUGUUUUUAUUCUUUACCCUUCUGCUGUAACUCCAUUUUGACCAUUUGUUUCUAGACCUGUUACUGAGAACACUGUCAGCCAACAUGUAUCCCAGUUUGCCCAUUUGUCAGAUGCGCAGGGCAUGGUGUAAUGUGGACAUUGUGUAGAUUUUUCUUACACAGCUUUGUUUUGAAAAACAAAAAAAAUGUUUUUGUUAUAAAAAUAAAAUAAAACAAAAUAAUACUGGAA